CCCUAGCGCUCCACAGCCUCUUUUCUUCCGCCCCGCCCUACUGAAGGAAUUGCGUAGUUUCCGCUUCCGGUCGCGACGCACGCUGGAGAUCGGUCAGUAGCCGAGUCAUGGCAAAUCACCUGAAGUUCAUUGCCAGAACCGUGAUGGUUCAGGAAGGGAAUGUGGAUGGCGCGUACAGGACCCUGAACAGAAUUCUUACUGCCGAUGGACUCAUUGAUGACAUCAAGAGGCGGAGAUACUACGAGAAGCCAUGUCGUCGAAGACAGAGAGAGAGCUAUGAGACUUGUCGGCGCAUUUACAACAUGGAAAUGGCACGAAAGAUUAACUUCUUGAUGCGCAAGAAUCGGUUGGAUCCAUGGCAGGGCUGCUGAAGCCAUUAGAGAGAAAGAGACCCAGUGUGAGAACUCCCUAGUAUGCAGUAGCUCUGUCUCCAUAGGUUUCUUCUAAGAACCUAAAAAUUGGGACAUUUGCUUCUUUUUCCAGUCCUAUUUUUUCUUGCCAUCUUUUCUAUCCCAAUAUAAUCAAGAUACAUACAUGCAUUCACAUGUAUUCACAUGCAUUUAUUCCCCCUCCCAAGCCAGUGAUAUCAUUAAAUGUUCCUCCUUGACAUCAUGUGUCUUUGAUUAAUGAAAAACCCCACAGGAUUAUGUCUUUGCCAUUCUGAAGAAACUGGGGUGGGGCAGAGUCUUCAAAAAUUCCAUGAUUGGAAUAUAACACUUUUCAUCCAUUCUUUGUUUUCUAAUAGUUCCUAAUAAAGAACACUAAGGACUA